AGCGGCCCGCCGCGGAAGCCUCCCUGCGCCCUCCCGCCCGGCCCCGCCAUGGCGCUGCGGCGCCUCCUGCUGCUGCUGCUGCUCUCUCUGGAGUCCCUGGACCUGCUGCCCAGCGCCCACGGAGCCCGCGGCCGCGCCGCCAACCGGACCCUGAGUGCAGGCGGCCCCGCCGUCGGGGGCCGGAGGGCCGGGGGCGCCCUGGCACGGGGCGGCCGCGAGCUGAACGGCACCGCCCGGGCGCCCGGAGUCCCAGAGGCGGGAAGCCGGCGGGGGCAGCCCGCGGCGGCUGUGGCGGCGGCGGCGGCGGCCAGCGCGGCCGUCACCUACGAGACGUGCUGGGGCUACUACGACGUGAGCGGCCAGUACGACAAGGAGUUCGAGUGUAACAACAGCGAGAGCGGCUACCUGUACUGCUGCGGCACCUGCUACUACCGCUUCUGCUGCAAGAAGCGCCACGAGAAGCUGGACCAGCGCCAGUGCACCAACUACCAGAGCCCAGUGUGGGUACAGACGCCCAGCACCAAGGUGGUGUCGCCGGGGCCCGAGAACAAGUACGACCCGGAGAAGGACAAGACCAACUUCACCGUCUACAUCACCUGCGGGGUGAUCGCCUUCGUCAUCGUGGCCGGCGUCUUCGCCAAGGUCUCCUACGACAAGGCCCACCGCCCUCCACGGGAGAUGAACAUCCACAGGGCUCUGGCUGACAUCUUAAGACAACAGGGACCAAUCCCCAUAGCACACUGUGAAAGAGAAACUAUCUCGGCUAUUGAUACCUCUCCCAAAGAGAACACACCGGUCAGAUCGUCCUCCAAAAACCACUACACUCCUGUGCGUACGGCCAAGCAGACUCCAGGGCAUUAUGGGAAGGAUGCUUACCGAAGUGGAGGACCUGAUCUCCAUAACUUCAUCUCAUCUGGAUUUGUCACAUUAGGAAGAGGACACACCAAGGGUGAUCAUCAAUAUAACCAUCCGAUUUUGAGCAGUGCUACCCAGAUCCCGCCACAUGAGAAGCCACGGAUGAACAACAUCCUGACAUCAGCCACCGAGCCCUAUGACCUUUCCUUCUCCCGCUCUUUCCAGAACUUGGCCCACCUGCCCCCAUCCUAUGAGUCUGCAGUAAAGACCAACCCCAGCAAGUAUUCAUCUCUGAAGAGGCUAACCGACAAGGAGGCUGACGAGUAUUACAUGAGACGGCGGCACCUGCCCGACUUGGCUGCCCGCGGCACCCUCCCCCUCAAUGUCAUCCAGAUGUCCCAACAGAAGCCGUUGCCACGGGAACGACCCCGCCGGCCCAUCCGGGCCAUGUCCCAGGACAGGGUCCUGUCCCCGGAUCGGGGCCUGCCAGAUGAGUUCAGCAUGCCCUAUGACCGCAUCCUGUCCGACGAGCAGCUGCUCUCCACGGAGCGCCUGCACUCCCAGGACCCGCUGCUGUCCCCGGAGCGGACGGCCUUUCCCGAGCAGUCGCUGUCCAGGGCCAUCUCGCACACGGACGUCUUUGUGUCCACACCCGUGCUGGACCGCUACCGCAUGAGCAAGAUGCACUCUCAUCCCAGUGCCUCCAAUAACUCGUACGCCACCCUGGGCCUGAGCCAGACGGCAGCCAAGCGCCACGCCUUUGCCUCACGCAGACACAACACAGUGGAGCAGCUGCACUACAUCCCGGGCCACCACACUUGCUACACAGCCAGCAAGACCGAAGUGACCGUGUGACCGGCGGGGCAGGGCUGGGGCUGCUGGGCGUGGCAGAGCACAGCAGGGGCCAGGAGGGGCCGGGAGCAGAGCUUCUAGCCUUGCCACUCUCCCUUCCCUCGUCCCCUCUGUAGGAAGUGGGGGUGGGCCACCUUUGCCCAAAAAGCCAUACCCCCGGGGACACAGCCCCGAUGACCUGGUUCAAUACGCUUAGACCCAGGACCAAGAGCAAUCGCUCUUGCUCCUCCAGAAGAAUCAAUGGGGAGUGAGGAGGGGGCCAGGCCCCAUUCUUACCCCCGACCACCUUCGCCAACUCCCUUUCCAUCCCGCGCCUCCUUCUCCCCGUCCAGGGGACUCAGCUGCAGGUUCUGUCAGCAAAGAGACCCUUGCUUGACCGUGGUCUGAAGCUGCCUGGGUUUGAAGGGGCCAGCGGGUCCAAUCAGUGGGCUGACCGAAUAGGCUACUCGGUCUCAUUCAUUUACCUAGAACCGCAUCACAGAAAUCUUCUAGUGCCUAAAAACUGCCUGCUCGCUCUCUCAGAGCCAGGGAGCUGCUGUGUCCAUAAGCACAAUAAUGAUUCUUUUCUUGCCUGCUGGAACUCUCUGGUCCCCACUGAGUGACCCUUCCUUUGCUGACCCCUGAGGGCCCAACCCUGGCCCUGUGCCCCUCCCCUCAGCCCCAGGACCAGGAGGGGUUCCCUUCCUUCAGCUGCCUCCCCAUUGGUGGGAACUCCGCCCCCUUCCAGCUGACUGCCCGCCCAUAAGGACCCUGGGCCUGUCCUGUUAGCGGGCUGUGCUCCUCCCCUGGGCCUGUCCUGUUAGCGGGCUGUGCUCCUCCCCUGGGCCUGUCUUGUUAGCAGGCUAUGCUCCUCCCCUGGCCCUGAGGACUUCACCCUUGAGUUCUCUGGGGUUUUGGCUGUAGCCGUCGCAGAGGGGUGUAGCGAUGGGGUGCUGGCCCUCCCAGACACCCGAUCAUCUCCACACUCCCUCCAGGCCUCUAGACCUGACCAUGACUGCCACUCUGGCCGCCUUCUCCACCCCUGCUCUGCUCCUAGGAGGCACCUGCGGUGGCCCGAGAGCCAGGGUGGGGAGGGCCACUGUGAUGCGCGGGGUCUCGGGCUCAACAUUCGCAUCCUGCAGGGCUCCACCUGUUCCCACAUGCACCUCCAGCAGGACCCAGACAGAAGUUUCUAGAGAGCGGCUCUUCAGCCCCCAGACAAGGAGGAUGAGAGGUGGUUCUCCUGCACCCUCUCUGCCCAUCCUUCCUUCCCCAUCUCUGUCUACCUGCUCAGUUCAGAGAUCACUCCUACUGCCUGUCUCCCCUUCCCCCAUAUCCUCCCUGCAGCUUUAUUCUUCCUGGCUGUUCCUUCUUCAGAUCUGUGCCUCCUCUGGAUCAAAGGGACAAAGACCUAUUAGCAAAAGCAAACGAAGGUCCUCCAGGCGACUGGCCUAGGGGCUAACUGAGCAGGUCCCCACAGUAUGGACCCUUUCUGCAGGCACUGGGGCACCUGGUAGACCAUGGUCCUCAGCUCUGUUGAGGGACCACCACUGCCAGCCCACCUCAGCCUCUUCCCCGCCUCCAGCCUGGGGGUUGGCAUGGUGUGAUGGCCUCCUGGGGAGGUGAAGUGAAUUCAGCAGCAUCCGCUCCCCCAAGACCAGAGAGCCUGGUGGGGAAAAGAAGGGGUUCCCUCAUUCUCAGGGCCAGGGCACCCGCUGGGUUGGGGCUGGGGGAAUCAACUCCAGGCUAUUGCGUAAAGGUGUGAUCUAAAAACAGUCAGAUCCAACAGCAGUGCCCUUAUAAAUGGGGUUUUACCUGCCCUCAGUUCUGCACUCAUGGCCCUUUAAAAAGGCGAGUGUAGAAGGAGAAUUUAUUGGUGCCAGCCCUGGAGACUUUUAAUCUAACCAAGUCCACAAACCACAGAGAAAGCAAUGGACUGUGUCCUUUCACUGAUUUCAAGAGUUCCAAAGCUCUCAUCUCCUUCUCCCCUCCCCAGGGUGUGCCUCCCAACAGGAACAGGAAACCAUCACCCUGGAUCUUAGGGGGAUGGAGGCUGGGGGUUGUGAAAGCCACCGUCAGCCCCCACACUGGGGACACACUCCUGGAGUUGUGCGGCUGGAAGGCCAGGGACUACCCUCUCCACUUUCCUCCCAACAGACACAUAAACCUUCUUAGGGCUGGUCCCCAGGGGUUUAUGAGUUUGUUCCAGAAGAUGAGGCUAAGAGGGUUGGAAAGGAAGAAGUGAGUCUGAAUAGAGCAGGUGGCUCCCAGCUGGACCCCUGAGCCCAGCACCUUUGAAUCCUCUAAUCUGUGGCCAUCCCUGGGAAGGCAGGAUGCUGGUGGUGAGGGGAAAGGACCUGAGUGGCUGAGAAUGCCCUUCCCAGGUGUCUACAUGCAGGUAUACACCAAACCAGAAAGCUGAUCCCAUCUCCAGUGUCAAAGCUUCUCAGCACCAAGUUCUCCAGCCCCCAGGGUGACACUUUUCCCCAGGGGUCCUCCCCAAGCCCUGUCUCUGACAGGGUUUCUGUCUGUCUCAGGGGUUGUUGAUGAGUUGAUUCCAAGACAUUUCUCAUCCCAGCCUUACCACUGUCUGGCUGAAAGUAUCUGAUGUCAGUUGGGUUGGAAAAUUCUACUGCAAUGCUUACUUCUUUUUGAGGAUUUCUUCUGCUUCACCUUUGGGUCUAGAAGCAAGGAGUGAAGGGAGGGAGAGAGGGAGGAAGGAAGGGAAGGAGGGAAGAAAAAAGAAACAGAUAGGUCUACAAACUUGCUCCAAUUCAGUCCCACAUUUCAAAAUCCAGGAAACUGUGUCAUAGCUGGGACACAGAGGUAUCCCAUUUAUUCAGCUGACCCAUCCAUCUUUAUGGAACAAGCAAAGCCACAUCACUAGGCAAGUUCACGUAGCAGAUAAAAGAGGCUUCUGGGGCUGGAACCUAGAUGCCAUGAUGAACCAGGCUGGUGGCCUCUACCAUACAUAGAAUUACCAUCUACCCUUACAGUAAAAGCCUCCCUCCCCCUCACAAAGGAAGCCUAAAGCCCAAGAUUUCCCUCCCCUUGUUUUAUUCAUUCUUGCACAUUAUUGCUCUAACAGGAAUGAACUGGAAUCUGCACAGGUUCUCUCCUGCCCCGAAAGUUCUGCCUGGUCUCCUUGGCCUCUGGUGGCACUGAAGCUCUCAUAAUCCCUCCUGCACCUCCACCUUCCCUGUCUUGCUCCAGGCUCCUGGCUCCAUGCCUUCCUGCGUCAAAAAGGCUUUGCCAAGCAUUCCUUCACCUCCUAACAGGGCUUCUGCCCUCAGGGCUCCCCCAGUGUCUUGGGAGUGUCUUGGGCCAUGCAUCUGCCUCUUAGAAAGUUCCAACCUUGCCCCCAGUUCAAAUUUCUCCUCCCCUCUUUCCACUCUCCCUCCCAGAAACUCCUGAUUUCCAGAAAACCUGAUUUCAAUGCCAGGUCACUCCUUCCUUCCUCUCAUCUCCCUCUUCCUCCAUCUACCUUCCUCUAUUCCUAAUUUCUUUUCCCUGGUCUUGCUAUAAUCUCCAGCUCUAAAAAUCAGAGCUCUCAGUGAAAACAAUGGAAGAAUAAGACAUUCUUUGGGUCUUCUGUUUGCCUCACUGGUGCAUCCUUCAUCUCCUGCCCCUGCGAGUUGAUACCCCAGUGUACGGAGCCAAGGGCUUUCCCCCUCUGAGCUCUGGGAGGGAAGGGAAUGGAGCUCUGGGUUUGAGAUGUCAUGGCCUGUGAUGGUCAGUUUGGUUCCUGCCACUAGCAAGUCCCCUGAAGCUCCCAACCCAGCCUGAUGUUAGCCCAGAAGCUCCUGCUCUGGCCAAAGACUCCUAUCCUUGAGGGCUCUCAGCCACUGCUCCAACACACUUGCCCCCUUCCUGCUUGUGUAUGUCACCUAUCCUCCUUCGUCCACAAAGACUUGAGGGCCUCCUGAGUCUCCAAGCAUGGAGCAAUAUCCACACCAACAUCCCUGCCAUCAAACUCAAUCCAUUUUCUUCAGAGACACCUUGUCUGUCACCAGCCUCCAACUUCAUAUUCCUUCCACAGGCAACUGUGCACUUGACCCAAGGUAAAAUGAAAGGGCUGCCAAUCACUCGGACUCCAGAAGGCGCCUGCCCUGAGAAAAGCUGGCAUGUUACCUCCCACAUACAUUUCCUGUCAUCCUCUCCGAAUCUGGGAAAUUUUGCUCUGGAGUAUUUUCAAGAAAGCGCAUUGUGUUUUAAUGAAGUAUUUUUCAGGGUUCAAAUGUUAUUUUUUAUAAAUGCAGCAUUUUAAUGGCAGAUUCAAUAUGAAGGACAUGUCUUCCUGGGCUCUAUAUUUGAUUUUGGAAGGCAGCAUACUCUCGGAGAAAAAAAGCACAGGGCUGAGGCUCUGGAGACACAGCUUCCAGCCCUGGCUUUGUCUCCGAGGGGGAGUCAUGUUCCCCACUCAGUGCCUCAGUUUCCCCAUCUGUAAAAUAAGGGGCUUUGACUAGAUGAGCUCUGAAGUUUCAUCCAGCUCUUACACUGUAGGGCUUUCAUUCCCUGCCAGCACCUGCUCUCCCCGUUCCUCCCCACCUCCACUGAGCUGCACACAUCCCACAACGCCUGCCCCACAGCGAUGUCCUCAGAUGUCCUGGACAGCCACCGCACUCCUCACUAGACCCUGGGGUGGGCCUGAUGGGCUCGAUCACCCAGGGAUGCCCUCGUACCUGAAGUUUAAGGGCCUAACGAUUCAAUAGGUCACCAACUGUGUGCCGUGGAAGCCCUCUUGUAGAGACACGCCUAAACCAUCCUAAGUGACUGUGGAAUUCUGGGGAAUUCUGAGUUUGGAGUUUCCAUUUGGAUACGGUCCUUAUAGCUGGAGGGAGGCAGUUCCAAUUUCAGAGAGAGCGAGCUGGCUGGAGAGAAAGGUCUGGAAGUUUGCCCACAAGGGCAUGAAGUUUGUACUUGAGGGCAGCUGGGAAAUUCAUUUCAAGCUGCAGAGGAACAUGUCAGGCUGUUGUGUGGCAAUGAAUGUCAUGAUAUCCCACUCUGAAAUAUGUCUCCUGAAGACCAAGUCUGGAUACUGAGGCUCCAUUCCAACUGGAGGAGGAGGCAUCACUAUCUGGGCUGCUAGGAAGGGGCAUUCACCCCAUCCUAGUACCUUUCUAGUCCUUUUCAUGACACUACCGUCCUCCCGGUGAAGGCUUGUGAAGCAAGAAUGGAGAGUCCAAGUUUGUUAUCAUCAAACUCAUCUUGUAAAUCAGCAAACACAUGAACCUUCCAUCAGUCAGAGAAAUAAUGUUGUGGCUGUGUGUUUCCUUAAUGCUCUCCUUCCUGAGGGAGGAGAAGACCCUGCUUAACUUUGCUGCCCACCCUGCAGUGACCCCUGAAUGCCACACCAUGGGAGGACUCAUUCAUUGGCUUUGUAGUGGCAAAUAUUCCUCUAGUUCUAUAACUCAACUAGACAUUUUGUAGUAAAGAAUUCUUGAAAUUCUCUAAUAAAAAGCAAUUCUUACUGUAAUAUUUUUAGUUUGGGGACACAAUUUCCUAAGGGGGGAUUAAUGAACAUUUUUAUGCAUUAGCCCAAUUUAUGAAUUCCAUGUUUAUUAUAUGGUAGUACUGAUGAAAAGUACCUUUCUAUCUGUAUCUUUGCAGUUUCUUCGUUACUCACACGUAAGCUUCAUGGUAAGCAGUGCUCUAGUAACUGCUUCUCUGUACAAAUCUCAUCGUUCUACUUACCUGUCAAAGCACAUUCUACAUGUACUGUAAACAGAUACACUUUAGUAAGAUUUAGUCUUAAGGAUUUUUCCACUUUUGUCAGUAACAGAUAUUUAUGGAUUAAAAAAUAAAGCCGUUUCAACAUAA